CGCACCUUGACUAUGCAAUAAAGAUAUCAGACUGUAUCCAUUCAUUAGAUCUAUUCUCUGUCUCACUCUCCAAACUCUAGCUUUCUAGCUACAGUUCCCCUUCCGUAUCCACGCUGCCCUCCUUCCCUCACUCUGUCAUAUGAUGCCCACCACACCCCCCUCCCUCACGACACAUAUUGCCCAUACAACAACACUUUUCCAAGCUCUGCUCGCUACCCCUGUGUUUUUGACUCAGGGCUUCACGGUGCUAAGCGCUGUGUUCUGGAACUAUUACAUCCCCAUCGAAGAUGCAACGCGAGCGCUCUUUGUGACGCUGAUGGCGGGGCUGAUCGUGGGUAUUGUGCUUGUGCAGAGGAGGGCGAGCUUGCACGGGCAUGGUGGUGCUCAUAGCGAGUAUAUGGGCGGAGACCAUGCCGGGCUGUACUUAGAACUCAUCAAGAGCGUGGCAGCGACGGCGGUAUGGGUGUGGUUAUGUACAGAUGCGUGUGUGGCGCGGGACGCGAAUUAUGGGGACGUGUGGUAUCGAAGGGUGGUUACAACAGGGGGAAGUGCGGUGUUCUUGCUGUGAGUGUAUGCGUGGGUGCGAUGGGAAGGGGUGAGAUGAUGUUGUAGAGGCUGACGGACGGAAUAGAGUUGUGUUUUAUCCAAUGGUAGUACACGCGUGGGUGCACAGGGGACAGGAUUUGGAGAGGAAUAGGGAUGGAGAUUGUAGUGAGAGGGAGCCAUUGCUUAGAGAUGGGCGGUAGAGCAGGAGUGAAGCUAGGUAAAGAUCAUUUAGAUUCUCAAGGGAUAUUCAAAGGAACACUCGAGAGCUUAGAUAUAUUAAUGACAUGCA